AUGCCUGUUGGAACAACCGACCUGACAAUGCGCUCGCUACAUGUAUCUCAUCUCAUGUUGCUGGUGUUUCUGUUGACUUCGGUCGCGAGGUCAGCCACUGUGUUGGGUCGGAAUGUAGACUCAAACAAUACAAGCGUGCAAGAUCUCGAUAUAGAGCGGGCAGCAGAGAUCCGAGAUGCCUUCAAAUUCGCCAUGGAUGGGUAUUUUGAAUACGCAUUCCCCAACGAUGAGCUCCGCCCUGUCAACAACACUGGCGACAGCAAUCGGGUCUAUGGUUGUGGAUGGGGCCUGAGUGUCGUCGAUGCUCUUGACACAGCUAUAAUCAUGGAGCUCGAUGAAAUCGUGGACCGGUCGUUGAAAUUCAUAGACACGAUAGACUUUACUCGGACGCCUACCGACAACGCCUGCAGGCUCUUCGAGGUCAACAUCCGCUACCUCGGAGGACUGCUCUCGGCAUACGACUUGCUUCAAGGUCCAUUCUCUCAUCUGAAUAAGAAUGCCAGCAGGCUUCUCGAGCAGGCCCAGUCUCUUGCGGACACAUUCAGUUACGCCUUCAGCACGCCGACAGGUCUGCCCAGGAGAAAUCUAUAUCUCAACAAUCAAUCGUAUGAAGUCACCGAUGACAGUGACCUGACCAACCCUGCAGAGGCGGGAACAUUGAUUUUGGAAUGGACGAGGCUGUCAGACCUCACGGGAUUGCCUCAGUAUGAGAGCUUGGCGAGGAGGGCAGAAGGUAAACUCAUGCAGCCGCGCAAUCCGAGCGUGGGUGAACCGUUCCCAGGACUCAUUGGAAUCUCUAUUAAUGUUUUGAACGCGACAUUUACCAGCAGUUUCGGGGGCUGGAUAGGAGCCUUGGACAGUUACUAUGAGUAUUUGAUCAAGAUGUACUCCUACGCCCCUGAUAGAUUUGAUUCAUAUAAGCAGGAAUGGGUCAAGGCUGCCGAGUCCACCAUCAGAUAUCUGGAUUCACAUCCAACAACAGCCCCAGAAGUCACCUGGCUAACCGAGUACAACAUCACGGGAACCAAUGGUUCAAGAUAUUUGAUCCCACAAAGCCAGCAUUUGACCUGCUUCUCAGGUGGAAACUUCAUUCUCGGCGGCGUUGCAUUGGAAGAGCCACGUUAUGUGGACUACGGGCUGGAACUGUCCCAGGGAUGCCAGCAGAUCUACAAGACCGCCACCAAGCUGGGCCCCAACGAUUGGGCAUGGCUUGACUCGAAGAUCGACAAUUCCUCAAGCCAGGUGCGCCCUGUUCCUGAGGACCAGACCGAUUUUUACGAGCAGACUGGAUUCUUCAUCACAGGCCAGACAUCGGCCAUCGGUGCAGAGGCGCUCGAGAGUUGGUACUACGCAUACCUAGCCACAGAUGACAGACAAUGGCUCGACUACAUAUGGGAUUACUUCGUCUCGAUACAGACGUACUUGAAGAUCGGGUCAGGAUACUCACCUAUCCUGGAUGUAAACAACGCUACACUGCCGCCUGAGAGCAUUCCACCAUCGGCCAACGCUACAGGGUUGUUGAGUCGAUAUGAGAAUCUACAGCCGAGCUUCUUUUUGGCUGAGACCCUCAAGUAUCAGUACUUGGCACAUCGCCCUGAUAUCUCUAGGCGCACCCGGUUCGAACCACAGUUUGAGGCCUAUGAUGAGAUUAUUGGGAAAAUAUCCAUUGUGGGAUUAUCAGGCUCAUGA